UUCAGAAAGGAUUUGGCACAAUAGAGAGCCAAAUAGCAAUUCAGCUCGUAUGGACUUACAUGCCAUAUCGAUUAUUUGCUUUUUUGCUGAUUUGCACAAAGUUAGGUGCCAUCACUGACUCCGAACGCUGACUUUUCACGGGUUUUGUAAUGUAAGGAACCGUUUCAGUGUUUAGAGACAAAUAUAAUACAUACAAUAUAUUUCCACAAUGGGUCAGCGCCUGAGUGAAGAAAGUGACCAGGACAAGGAAAUCGAUGUGGCAGAGCUGCAGGAAUGGUACAAAAAGUUUGUUGUGGAAUGCCCAAGUGGGACUCUGUUCAUGCACGAGUUCAAGAGUUUUUUUGGUGUUACGGAUAACAAGGAGGCUGCAGAUUACAUUGAAAACAUGUUUCGAGCUUUCGACAAGAAUGGCGACAACACCAUCGAUUUUCUGGAGUAUGUGGCAGCUUUGAACUUAGUCCUCAGGGGAAAACUGGAGCAUAAGCUCAAAUGGACAUUCAAAAUGUAUGAUAAAGAUGGAAGCGGAUGCAUCGAUAAAACUGAGCUUCUUGAAAUUGUGGAGUCUAUUUAUCGACUGAAGAAAGCCUGCCAUGGAGAGCUGGAUGAGGAAUGUAAUCUGCUGAGCCCAGACCAAGUGGUUGACCGGAUAUUUGAGCUGGUUGAUGAAAAUGGAGAUGGGGAGCUCUCACUGGAUGAGUUCAUUGAUGGAGCACGGAGGGACAAGUGGGUGAUGAAGAUGCUGCAGAUGGACGUGAACCCAGGGGACUGGAUUAAUGAGCGAAGACGCAGUGCCAACUUCUAAGGCUUGACCAUGGACUGUCAGUCUGUCACAUACAUUUGUCAAGUGUGAACAUUCAUGUUGUGAUUUUGUAUCUGUUACAAUUUAUACAUAUAUAAAAGAAAACAACCCAAAAGUCAUUCUGGCAUUGCAUUGUGUGAUGAUGUACAAAAUUUUGAUGCAUGUCAAAUGUCUAUAUUGCUUUCAAAGGGGCCACGUGUUCAGAGAUUUUGGUUGAGGUUCCACAUGUAGUUAAGCUAUGGAGCAAACGAGCAACAGUAUUUAAUUAUGCAUUGCUACUGAUGAUGAUGAAGGUUUGUUUAUCUGUAUUUUAUAGAUGCCGCAGUCAUAAGACACUGACUAUGACAUUUUCUUUUCAUGUUUUGUGUCAUAAAAUAAGCAUAAAAGUUAUUCAAUAUACAAAAUUAAACAUUUCCGACAGAGGUGUUAUUGCUGAUUUAGGAUGAUCAGACUUUCUCUGGACUUGUGGGCAUGUAGAAACAGAGGUUUAGUCACAUUUUCUUUGCUCUCCUUUUAGUUUGGAUGGAUCUGUAAGGACCAAACAGCCUGACCUGAGUAAAGAUCCACUAAACUAAAAAAAAAAAAAAAAAAAAAGUGAGAGAGUGAUAGACAGAGAAAGAAAGAAAGAAAGAAAGAAAGAAAGAAAGAAAGAAAGAAAGAAAGAAAGGAAAUAUAUAUUUUUAAAAAAUCUUCAGCAGUUUAUUGACUUACCAGUAAUUUGGAAACUGAUGACAAUACCAUAUUAAAAGUAGCUACAUUCACAGGUGUAGUAUUUAAAACAACAACGAGAAAAAUCCAGAUUAGGUAAAACAAAUCUUGGUUUUCAAUUAAAAAAUAAUUGGAUGGUGGGUUUAAGUUAAACUACACAUGUAUUAUUAUGAUUUUUAAAAAUAAAACAAGUAGUCAAAUUAUG